CACUGCUGAGUGUGGGUGAGGAGGAGGUGAUCACGCAGCCUUAGCUUGAGGGCAUUGACUGUGUUUUUAUUUAAAUGCUCUUAAAGGGGCCUGGGCGUGAUGCUGACUCCGGGAUGAAGAUGCUUGGCCAGUGAUCAGCAAAUAGAGGCUCCAGAGCCCUGCGGGAGGACUCAGAGUCAGGGACACAGCAGCGUCCGGCGAGAUGAAGGCGCUCGGGGCUGUCCUGCUUGCCCUUUUGCUGUGCGGGCGGCCAGGGAGAGGGCAGACACAGCAGGAAGAAGAGGAAGAGGAGGAGGACCACGGGCCAGAUGACUACGACGAGGAAGAUGAGGAUGAGGUGGAAGAGGAGGAGACCAACAGGCUCCCUGGUGGCAGGAGCAGAGUGCUGCUGCGGUGCUAUACCUGCAAGUCCCUGCCCAGGGACGAGCGCUGCAACCUGACGCAGAACUGCUCACAUGGCCAGACCUGCACAACCCUCAUUGCCCACGGGAACACCGAGUCAGGCCUCCUGACCACCCACUCCACGUGGUGCACAGACAGCUGCCAGCCCAUCACCAAGACGGUCGAGGGGACCCACGUGACCAUGACCUGCUGCCAGUCCAGCCUGUGCAAUGUCCCACCCUGGCAAAGCUCCCGAGUCCAGGACCCAACAGGCAAGGGGGCAGGCGGCCCCCGGGGCAGCUCCGAAACUGUGGGCACAGCCCUCCUGCUCAACCUUCUUGCCGGCCUUGGAACAAUGGGGGCCGGGAGACCCUGACCCACGGCCCCUCCCCACCCCCACCCAGCCUCCCCACCGGCCCUGCCAGCACUCUGUCUGGUACCUUCCCCUCCUGCCCCUGCACCAGCUUUGGAGAAUGGAUUUGGAGUGUCUUGGGCGAUCCAGCCAGCGCAGGCCCCCCGGCCCAGUUGCUUCCUCAGUUCCCGGCUGUGUCCUUGGUGUCCUCUCCCCACCACCUGUGAGCAGCAAGACUGCCGCACGUGGGCGCCGGGUCCAGACCUCGGCUGCCACGCCCCAGGACCUGCAGCCCUCAUGGGGGCUGGGGAUCCCCAUCAGCACAGCCAGGCAGAGAUGAUACCCACCACACACCUGGGGGCCCCCACACCCAAUCCUCACCCUUAACUUCUGCCACGGGAAUUCCUCCAUCUGCAGCAGUUAUACGGACCCGCCCUGCCCUUCCCCAGGUCGGCCUCUCGGCUGUCUGGAGGGAAGGGGAUUUGGAGGGAGGCUGUCAUCGCCCCUAGGAAAGACGGGCCUGGGGGAGGCGAGACAGUGGGGGAGGCGCGCUGAGGAUGAGAGGGCACAGGGAGGUGAGUCGGGGUGAGGCCACACGCGGAGGGGCGGGGCGGGGCGGGGCUGGGGGGACAGGCACCAAGUAUGAAGAGGAUGGGGCCAGCGGGGCCUCUCUGGCUAUGGCGUGAGCACCGCUAUGGGAGACCCUGGCUUGGAAAGUGACCUUGCAGCCUUGGAUGGGGAAGGGCCAGAUGCUGGGUGGGUGCCCGUCACCUUGAGGUGACCAUCUAGGGUCAGUACCUGCUGGGCUUAGGGCAGCGCCUGAGGCUGGGAAUACCUGUCUCUGCUCUAGCAGAGGCUAAAGCAGGCUAGAGCAGUGGAGGGGUGGAGUUGAUGAAAGGAGAGGAGUAGAUGAGAUGGAAUUUUUCCAGCCUCAUCCUGGCCUGCCCUCUAGACUCCAGUCCCCAAGCCCUCAGCCUGGUGGGUGUCAUGGGUGGAUCUGGGGGUGUCAGACAGGCUACCCUGUGCCAGGGAGGGGGCAAAAUGGGCCUGCAGCUUCCUGCAGAGGAAGCAGGACUGGGUAGCAGAGCCGGGAAGGUGGGUGGCCCAUUACAGGGGGGUCCCCAGGGUGUCCUCUGGCAGGGCUGUGACUGCUGCAAGCUCUGCCUUCACCAGUAGCUGGGGCCAGGACAGAGCUCUGGGACAGCAGGCAGAGGCCGAGCCUGGGCCACAGCUCAGCCACUGACUUGGGUAUCAGUUUCCCCUUCUGAGAAGUACAGAGUGAGACUUAAAGAAUCCCUAGAUCCCCACCAGUUCAACACUCCAUUAACUGGGAAGCCCAGAGUCCUGUCGUGCCUGCCAAGUUCAUCCUGGUGGGCAGUGGGAGGCCUCCACUAACUAUUCUCUUCUUUUCCUUAUUAAUAAAACACACAAUGCCUAGCUGGGGGGUCGGAAGGCAAAUGCCCUAGAUGGUGGGGUCACGUCUUUCUCCUUCUCCUUCCUGCUGGCUGAAGUGAUGACUGGAGCUCAGCAACCACUUUGCACCAUGAGGCAGCACUGAGCACGGCAGGGCAGCCUGGCGAGAGGGGCCUAGCUUGCUGCCGACAGAAGUCACUGCCUACCUCAGGGUCCCCUUACCUGGGUGGGAAAUAAAUUUCUGCUGUGUUGAAGCUAA